AUGUCGCUGGAUGCUGAAUGGCAGCAUUCCUUGGUUUCGCCCGAAGUGCCAUGCGGUGGUGUGGCACAUUGGAUCGGAGACACGAGGUCGACACGAAAUGCUGGGGAAGAAAGUGUUGUUAUUGCGGAUGACCUCCCGCAGCUGGACGCCUGUGGCGCAUGUGUCGUUCUCUCACCUACCACCCGGGAAGGCGUGUGUCAAAUGACGGAGGCGAAGGACGCUGGUCGCCACCAAGAAGCGUCUGUGGUGCAGGCCCACGUCGUAGCCGCUGUCGAAGGGGAUCUGGAAUCUGUUGUAGUUGGGGCCGACGAGCGCUUCAUCACCAUGAGGGAUACGGGAUACUCUCUUUAA